UGUCGGGGGGAGGGUGGGUACAAACAAGCGGUGGCGUCGCCCCGGCAACGGGGCCCGGUGGCGGUUGGUGGCGGCGCGCGGCGUUGUUGUCCCACCUCAGCUCACCUCAGCCCGGCCCAGCCGCGGGCAGCGGAGGGAAACACGGCCGAAUCGGUGAGGAACCGGCAGCAAACCGCUGUGGGGCCGGCCCUCCCGCCGGCAGGAAGCGGCCCGGCCGCCAGCAGGCCUCAGCAGGGCAGCUCCGGGCUGCCCUCCGCCUCCCGGGCUCCUGGCGGGCUGCCCUCCGCUGCCCAGGGCUGUCCCCAGCCUCCUGGCGGGCUGCCCUCUGCCUCCCCGCUUGUUUGCCACUUCCAGGCUGCGAGUGACGCGAGGCUGGUUCACCACGGCCCUUGGGUUCGGCUCCGCUAAUCGAGGAAGCUCUUCCUCUUCCUACAUUAGUAGCAAUAGCGCUGGCUCUUAGGUAGAGCAGAUGCUGCCUGCUGCCCAUGGCUUUCAGGGAUGUGAACGCAAGAAGACAUAUUGGACUUCAGCAACUCGCAUCCUUGGCGUUAGCUGGAAGAACGUUAUUGGGGCCGAUGAAAUCAUGCAAAUUCAUUGUGGAUGAAAGCACCAGCCAAAGCACAUUGAUUUGUUCUGCUGUUAGACUUAUUGAAAGUUUGGAUUUGACUAGUGCUGCCGGGCAGCUUCUUAAUGAAACCAUUCAAGCACAAAACAAGGAGUUUAAGACUGGGAUGAGUACCCUGUUGUUUCUCACUGGUGCAUGGAGCAAUGCCGUGCUGGAGUGCCUCCAGCAGAAUGUUCCUGUUUCAGCAAUAGUAUCUGUGAUGUCUGAGGGGUUGAACUCUUGCUGUGAGAGGGUCCAGUGUCUUCAAAUAUCAAUACAUGAUGUAAAUAAAGAGCUAUGUUCUAGCGGCGUUAGGCCAAAUGCUUUUAAAAGCGAAACUUGCCAAAUUGGGCAUGACAGUCUUCUAAAUCCUCAGUGUUUCCUGUAUUUGCAGAAAGAUAUUUCUGCACCAGAAGAAGUCAUUCCAAUAAUUUCUUGUUCCUAUCAAGAAGAUGAUUGUAAUUUUAACAAGUGCCUGGCUUCACCUCUGGCCGGCUGUGGUUCAAUAGCUUCUCUUGUCAAGCCAGUGGGUGACAAAAAUACUUCUGUGAUUUCUGGAAGUGGUGUUAUUGCAUCCAGCUGUAACAAACCAAAGUUAACCCACAGCAGAUACUUCAGCACUCUAGGAAAAAGCCAUUUUUCAAGUCAGCAAGGUCAUUUUCAGGGACACCUUUCAGGGCAAUCAGCAGAUCCAUGUGAGUGUUACGGCUUAGGGCACCUGGCAAUGACUCUGAGCCACGGAAAUGAGGCUAGCGUGAAACUGCUACAAAGCAUUGUUGCGUAUCAACAACAGAGAGCAGAACGCAGUGGCUCUUCCCAGUUUAAUAUUGCAGAAAUUGUGACAUGCUGUUUACUGGGCCUGCCUGAAAGCUAUUCUUGUGUCUCCCAAGGCUUUGUUACAUUAGUAUCACCAGAACAAGCCAAAGUUAUCCAACGCUUUGAAGGCAAACCCCUUCGGAUUUUGCUCAUGGAUGGUGACCUAACUGAACAAUAUCGUCACUUAGGUUUUACUAGACCGUGCAAUGUAAGGACCGUAUUGGAGCAUCGUAGCCUACAGGAAGGCAGAGCAGGGGACUUGUGGCUCAGCAGUAUGUUAGAUAUUCUGAUAAGCUUUGAAGUAGACAUGGUUUUGGUCAAAGGAAAUGUGUGCGCAAACUUAAUGGAAAGAUGCAUAGCAAACAGUAUAUUGGUAGUCGGUUCUGUGACUCGGGACGUGUUGUGUGCCUUUGGGGAGGUCACCAACGCCCAGCCAGUGACAUACCUCACCCAGCUGAAUGCUGCUUGUGUGGGGAGCGGGGCCCAAGUGGAGCUGUGGAAGGCCUGUGACGGGCGUGCAAUGGAUCUGGGUGAGCUUGUGCCAGUCAGGAUAAAAGCGCACGAAAUUCCCCUGCUCACGGCUGUGCUUACCACUACUGUAGCUUCAAAGAUGCAGCUUGUUGAAGACCGCUUCUGGACUUUAGUGUAUCGACUCCAUCAUGCUUUAAUCGACGAGAAGGUUUUUCUUGGUGGUGGUGCAGUGGAGCUCUUGUGCCUUAGUCACAUUCAGAUGCUUGCAGAACAGCCUUUGCAGCCAGCAAAUAAAGAUGCUGUGAGAGAGUUUCACAGUCCUUGGCUGGCAGCAUCUGUGACGGAGUGUAAAUCGGUUGUGCUCCAAGCAUUAGCAAGCGGCUGGAAGCAGUAUCUUUCAGUGGUUAUGUGUAACACUGCACAAGCUGCAUCGGAGUUGGAAGCGCAUGCCUCAGUUGAUCAUCACCUCAAAAAAGCAGCUGACUGUGGCUCUCCCUCAGCAUAUAUAUUGCAAGAGUUUAGAAGAGGUCAUCUGCUCAGGGAUGGUUCUGGUCCCUUUGCUGACCACAGAGCGGGUUUAAGAGUUUAUGAUAACGUGACAGCCAAGACAGAAGCAUGGCGGAGAGCUCUGGACUUGGUGCUACUAGUGCUUCAAACAGAUGCCGAAAUUAUCACAGGUCGCAAAAGGAAUCAGCUAUUGAACCCACAUCUGUCGAAUGAAUUUAUGUUUUUAUAGGACUUGCAGGCUUUAUUUAUACGUCUACGAGUCAGUGGAAGAAGUCCAGGUGCAACCUACGUUUCUUUGUAGUUUACAAAGCAAACAUUUAGAUGUGGUUGUGACUUGAGAGCGUAGCAGUCGAAACCAGCAUGUGAGACAGUCACCAGGUAGAUAUAAUUUCCCAUUUCUAGAAACAGGAGUUAAAUAGCAAACCAAAAUCACUUGUGGCUUACCUCUAACCCCAGCCAUGCAUUUCUAACUAAUUAUGUUGUCUGUAGGGAUAGAUUAAUCCAGUCAAACUGAGUUCUCUAAUCAUCUUUAGCGGAGCAGAUGUGCGGUUCUUCUUUUCAUUGUGAUGAGCACUGGGCAGGUGGGUACAUGUCAAGUCCAGUUGGGGAAGAGUUUGAUACCUUGGAUAUGCUUUUGUUCUGAACACGUGCAGUCUGUAUAAGGUAUUUGGACUUGUGUUCUGUACAUUAUUCUUGUUUAAUGUCUUUUAAUGUCUUCUAAAGAAGGGUAGGGGUCUCUUACGUAACAUUGGCAUACUUGUGUUAAAUGAAAAAAUAUAUGUAACAAUUUUUAGUUAGUGUCUUGCUCUUAAUUUCUGUACAUUGCAAAUGUAAGAGUUAAACUUGCAGUAAUUUAUGAGUGUUACAGUUUAUGCUGUGAGUUUGUAUUGGUAUAUCCUACUUUUGCACAUUUAUAUGGGCCAUAUAUCUCCAAAAUCAAAUAUAUACCCUUUGGAAUGUCUCUUGUUUUGACAUAAAUUCAGGAUGAAUCCUCCCUUUUGGUACUAUAGAAUGGUUGUAUCUCUACACAAAGUUUUCUUUUACAUUGCAAGUUGGAUUUUUAGAUUAUUUCCUUUGGGCCCUUUCAGUUAUCCUUGCAGAGAGGAAAUUGUUGUUGUAUGUUUUAGCUAUUGGCUAAAAAUUAAAAAGAAUCUAUCAUGAUGAUUGAAGCAAGGCAUUUUUACUGUCCUUCAGUGCUUAAAAUUCAAAAGCAGAGCCAUGGAGAACUGGCACUUUGUUGCAAGAAAGAGGUGUGUAACUAUGGAGAUUUUUUUUUUUUUGUGAAAUUGGAAUUCUGAAUCACAAAGUUAAACGUCUCAUCAGUGCGGUGAAAACAGAAUGGAAAAAGAAUGGAAAUGGUAAUACCAAAGCAGAUUCUUCCUUUUAGGGGCUUUCUCAUUAAAUGCUAGUGGCCGACAGUGCUCGGGUUAGGCACUGACUCGUGAUUGCUGGUGCUGGUGGCAGACAGUCCUUCUGUGGUGAAAGCUGAGAAUUGGGGUGGGCUGAAGUGUGUUCUCUGAGUCGUGACUCAGUGGAAAGGCAGACAAAAACUGAGUGGUUAUUUUACUGUUAGAGCCCUCACUGCAACUUAUCUACUAUUUUAAGUGGAUGUUUUUUCUUCUGGACUUAAUACCCUUGCGGUACCUUCCCACUGCAGAAGACAUCUUAGAGAAGAGCCAUCGGCUGCCUCAAACCCCCGUGACCACUGGCAGUCCCCCAGCUGACUUCUCCUGAGCCUUCACACAGUUCUCUGCCUCUGUUCCCUCUUGGAGUUGCUCCUUCCUCCUGGGAAGGCCCUUCCCCUCUACCUGUGCACUUCACGGUGCCUAAUUCUGGAGGGCUUGAGUUAAUGAAAAGGAAAGACAGUUCCUAAAAUGUCUUCCCGUGGUGCCAACACUUCGACGUUAUA